AUGCAGACUAAACAUGCGGCGGAGCUUUGCGCUCUCCUAGUCAAUGAUCUCUACGGCGAGCUUCCUUCGCGAAUCCUCGCCGCGCUCCUCACAAAAGGCCGAUCGACCAUCACGCAGCUCGGGCUCUAUACGCAGCUGGGCCCCCGCCAAAUUCGCAAUGGCCUGGGCGUCCUGAUCCAGCAGAAUCUGUUAUACCACCACACCGAUGCCGACACCAAGCGCACCACCUAUGAAGCCAACCCCGGCGCAUGCUAUAACCUCGUUCGAUCCGGCAAGAUCCUGGAGAUGAUUGAGAGCCAAUAUGGAACGGCAGAGCGCGACCUCGUGCAGACUCUUCUGCUUCUUGGAUAUGCAAGGAUCGCCGAGCUGACUCACGCAUACGUAUCCCGAGCUCCAAGAUCAAAUGGGCACGCAAACGGCAACGGUGUGAAUGGAGCCGACUCUGGUCUGAUUGAGUCCGAAGCCGAACUUCACAAUGUGCUGAGCCACUUGAUUCGAUGCGAAAUCAUUGAGACCGUUAGGCCGCAGUCUUUCCGCAAUCCAAACGAUGUUUACCACGAAAUUGAAGCGGAGGUCACCAAGACCGCCCCGGGUGAAAAGGCAACCAAAACAAAAAUUGAUCAGCAGAGGCAGAUCAUGGAGCAAUAUCGUGCGUUUAAAGACCAGCCCAAGGCUCUGAAGAGACAGCUUGACCAGUUUGGUGGUCCCGUAACCAAACGAAGAAAGCUCGGGAAUGGAUUGGGAGAGGAGGAUAGGGCGAUGGAAGACGAUAUGCCACCUCUUAAUGUGAGAUUCCCUCCUUGCUUCCCCCAUGUUGCGAUUGAGCUGCGUAGCCACCGUCUAGCCAGCUUCGCCAAGGACACUCUGGGAGAGGUUACCGGCGAGGUCUAUCGCACGCUGCUAGGCCUGCUUACCAUGGAUGUGUCUAGGUGCCGGGCAGAUCCUUUCCUGGGAGAAGAGUCAAUUGCUCAACAAGCGACAGCCACGACGAUGGAUGUCUACGAGCAUCUUGACGAGUCGAUCAACGUCACAGCAGGCAUAGGGAAGGCCCCUAAAGAUAAGAUAGAUUACCAAAGUGCAGAGAAGAUCAAAACUGCGCCCGCCGGCAACGACAUGCUUGGUGAUGACUCGGACGAAGACCCAUCGGGGCCGUUUGACAGCGAUGAUUCGGACGACAUGGGCACAAAGGGGAGCUUUUCCAGAAGAUCUCGGUCGGUAUCCAAGACCAAUGGAGCCCGGCCAACCAAGGUGACAUUUGAGGAUGCAGCGACAUCGACGGAUAAUCGUCUAGACCAGAUGCGCGCGCAUCUCUUAUUACUAGCAGAAAGCAAGCACCGCUUCAUUCGCCACUGCGGAACACAAGGCCGUGGGCAAUGGACGGUGGAUUUCGACCAGGUUAUGGAGCGCCUUCGAGAGACGGAGCUGGAUGCCUCCAUCGAACAAUCUUUUGGGAGACAUGGACUUCGCCUCACCCGAAUACUCCGAGAGAAAGGCAAGCUGGAUGAGAAGAUGCUGCCUUCUGCGGCGCUGAUGAAGAAGACGGACGUGCAGGCCAAGAUGCUUGCCAUGCAGAUGGCUGGUCUGGUGGAUGUCCAAGAAGUUCCCAAGGACAACACAAGAGUGGCCAACAGGACGCUCUUUUUCUGGUUCUUUGAUCGGGAGCGAAGCCAGGCACAGAUCCUGGAUGACUUGUACAAGGCAAUGGUUCGCGCUCUGCAGACACUACAGGUGGAGAGACACAGGGAGCGCAACAUUCUGUCCUUUGUCGAGAGAAAGGACGUCAUGGGAAAGGAGGAAGAGGUGAUGACGGCGGAGCAUUACAACAAGUAUAACAGGCAUUUGGAGGAACAGAAUAAGCUUCUUGGACAAGUUAUGAGACUGGACGAGACGGUGUCGACAUUCCGGGAAUACUAA